AUGGUGUUCGCAUGGAGCCAGCAGCAGGCGUGGUUUCGACCCAACAUGCGGCUGUACAACGCGCUCAUGGGCUUCCUGGCGAGGGAGCACCAGGCGCACGCCGCCACGCUGCUCUUCCAGGACAUGCUGCUGUCGUGCGCGCGCUCUAACCACUUCACCUACACCGCACUCAUCAACGCGUACAGCCGCGCCGGGUGGUUUGAGGACGCGCUUGCUGUCUUCCACCACAUGAAGACGUGCGAUGACAAUGACUGCAGGCCCAACAUAGUGACGUACAACACGCUCAUCGACCCCUUGUGCCGGGAAGGCCAGCUCAAUGCCGCUUUGCAGGUGUUGGACGACCUGUUGGACGAGCAGGUGGAGCCCAACAUAGUGACGUGCAACACCAUCAUCAACGCAUGUGGCAAGGCGGGCCACGCCCCCGACGCCGAGGCCACGCUGCAGGCAAUGGAGCGCACCGCCAUGGCAGCGGACGGCACCGCGUUCACCGCACUCGUGGACGCGUACGGCCGCACAGGCGAUGUGGAGCGCGCCAAGGAGGCAUUUCAGCGUAUGCUGCAGGCAGGCAUCCCCCCUGACGUGUUCUCCUUUGGCCGCGCUGGCCUGUCGGACCGCGUCACCGAGACGCUGGCUGCCAUGCAGCACGCGGGCGUGCUGCCCAACGAGGUGACGUUCCUCACCAUGCUGGACGCCCAUGGCAAGGCGGGUAACUACGAGGAGGCUGACGCCACGCUCGUCGCCAUGGUUACGUGCGGUUACCACCCGCCGGUGUACAGCUGGAGCUGCUUGAUUGACGCGUUUGGGAAGGCGGGGCUUUAUGGCAAGGCAGCAGGGGCGUUUGAGCGCAAGCAGGCCGAGGGCUGCCGCCCGAAUCUGAUCACGUACGCAGCGAUUUUGUCUGCUUGUGCGCGGUGUGAGAAGUGGGAGGACUCGCUGGAGCUGCUGUACCGCCUGCAGAGGACUGGCGGCGAAUGGGAGGUCGCCAUGUGUCGGCUCGUGAUGGCAGGCCCAGAGGAGGAAGGAGAGGAGUGUGCGAGUGAGGAGGAGGUGGUGGAGGGGCUGGUGAGAAGAGGGGCGCGGGGAGGGGCGGGCAGGAGGGGCGAGAGGGGGGACGAGGGGCUGUGGGAGUCAGCAGGGCGGAUGUUUGGUGCGUUCCAGGCGCUGCCAUUGGCCAUGCGACGCUCCUUCUACAACGCGCUGGCCCACGUGCUCUGGAGCUUUGGCAUGCGGCGCCGCGCUGCCCGCGUGGUGGCGUUGGGCCGCGGGCUGGGCGUGUAUGGCGGUGCGGACGACCUGCACAAGGAGGCGCGCGGUGCACGCAGGGGUGGCGUGGGGCACAGGGAGAGCUGCAGUGGCAGUGAGAGUGAGAGUGGCAGUGGUACUGGGAGUGGCAAGCAGAGAGGUAGUGGGGGCGGCAGGGGCGGCGGCAUGUGGAGGGAGGAGGGCAUCUGGAAUGUGGACCUGCACGAGCACUCCAUUGGCUCCGCUGCGCCUUCCUCUUCCUCUGGCUGCGCAACCUGCGCACCGCCUGGCAGUCGCAUCAAGUCUCUCCAGUUUCUCCUUUUCCAAUCCUCACCAAUCCCCCAUCCAUCCUGGCACAACGAGAUACCGGAGGCCAUCGAUACAGUCACGGGGUGCGGGAGUCACAGCAAGCGCAAGGACGCCACGUCAGACAGGCUAGCACAGGUGGCGCCCCUCAAGGCAGCGGUCCUGAGGGAGCUGCACCUCAUGCACUCGCCCUUCCAGGAACUUUCUGUCAAUGCGGGGCGGCUGGUGGCGGGCGGGUGGGCGGCGUACUCGUGGCUGUUGCAGGAGGAGAUGGGGGAGCGGCUGCAGCUCAGGGAUGCGCCCCAGCCCGUGCCUCCUGGGGACGAGCCCUAUGAACCACUGUAA